UAUGUGGUCUGGAUGACGAGAAGAACAAGUCCAAACUCAUUUCCAUGUGUCACUCAGAGGCCUUGCUACAUCACUUCAAAAUAUUCUGACUAGAAUGAAGAGCUUGCAAUGACAGGGAUGCGGUAACCAUAUUUGUCCCUCCAUGUCCGAUUCCUUCUGUCUCCUUCACCGUCUCUGAGGUGGUUGGGACGGCGAGAUGGUGGCGCAGUGGGUUUGGAGGACACAGUGAACUGAUGCGGUACAGACACAGAUGUGGGAAAAGGUCAACAAUGCAGUGCAAUGUUGUACUUUUUGUACAUUGUUUGUACGCUUUCUCCACAAAGUCUCGUUAUAAUUAUUGUUGGGGCUCCAUUAUGUCUGAUUAAAAAGGUAGUGAGGUAGAAUGGAAGGAAUAUAAAUCAAGAGAUAAUUGCCACUUUCUGUCUUGUAAUCCAGCAGUUGAGCUGUGGUGAAUCAUCAGUGACAUUGAGAUGUGUGGACAGAAUCUAUUGUGUUUAGACCUAUUUCACACAGUCUGGUUUGGACGGAGGCGUAUUAGUUAAAGCUUUCAGGGUUAAAGCUUUGAGGGAUUGAGGGAUUUUAGUCCUUCAUUUUAUCUACAUAAACUGAAGCUUGAGUUACUACUCGAUCAUCAGCAGAUGGUGCUUUGCAUUUCAGAUUAAAGCCAGCAGAGGGAAGGGGGAGCUGCAGUCCAAGUCAUGUCUCAAGGACACUUUUCAGCUGAGUCACUGUCCUUUUGUGUGUGCGAGGACAUGGUCUCAAUAAGUAUUCCAUGCAGGUUUAUGUGACAUCAUCUAGUGAGCGCAAAUGAGGUGAAGGCAGAAUGCUUGAGCUCGUUUUGCAGAGCGGUUCCUCCCAUCGCGGCUGAUUAACGGCGUCCUUUAGGCGGCAGCGGCACGUGUUGGUGACAGGGGCGACACCUCCGGCUGCUCAGACUGCGUCGCCCACUUACGGUGAGGACAUCACGAGCGGGGAAAGGAGGAGCCAUCAGGGAGGCGUAGAGGACAACAACAACAACCGCAUUCUCCUCUGAGCUGAUCCCAAAAAAGGAACCGGGGAGAAAGAGGGGAGACUGAAGGACAAAGACUCCGGAUGCAGUCAGCCCACCUCGCUCAUACACACUCGACACCAGCACCGCCACUCAGACCCUGUCCUUCGUCUUGUCCCCCCAAACACCCUCCACCACCGAGCUCCGUCACUACUCGUCUAUCCGUCUGCAAUCGGAGGGAAGCCCUGCCAACCUUUGUCUCUCCAGACAAGCCUUCGACGUCCCACUGUCCCCCGGCGUUCCCUGAGCACGGCUGCCCCCCCAGCCUGGACCAACCGCCACGAUGAGGGGCGGGCACCAGCCCGGCGGCGAGCGGGCAGAUGAGGAGGUGUGCAGGGAGAGGCAGGAGAAGGAGCGGCAGCACAACAGGGCCGAGAAGAAGCUGCUGGCCUUCUGGAUGUCCUUGUCCCUCCGGACCUGGACACUCUUCAGGGCCCGUGAGAGACCGGGCUUCCAGCGCUCCGCCUCGUCUGCCCGGCUGCUGAAGAGUGAGGCAUGAGGAGGGAAGUGUGUGUGUGUGUGUGCGUGCGUGUGUGUGUGUGUGUGUGUGUGUGUGUGUGUGUGUGUGUGUGUCAGUAGAGUGUCAGAAGAGGCUUCCCAGACCUGCUGUCAAGUGGACCGGCGUGUGUGCAUGUCUUAAUAUGUGUGUGUGUGUGUGAACCUUUGGUGUGGAUGAAAGCAGCUUCCUCCACCUAUUCCACCAGGCCGCUGCCCCGUCACAGUCGCAGGUUGAGGGCAGAACAAGCGGGUCGUCACAUUUAUCAAGAAAAGCCAUUUAUCAGCAAAGAACCAGCAGCUGCGACUCUUUGAAGCACUUGGGGGAGAAUCUCCUCCUCUCUGCUUCCUUCUGUCCAAGUGGAUGAUUAACUCAAACCAGUUUGACGGAUUCAACCAAAACAAAAACCAAGCCCAAGGGGCCGAUUUUUGGGAUUUCCCUUCCCCGCUGGACGCCCCAGCGGGAGUGUGAUGGGCUAACAGAGGGCCGGCCAUGGUGGUGACCCAUCUCGCCCUGGAGCUGCGCUUCCAGGGGAAGAAGCUGAGGGGCUUCUCGUGCAGACUGACCCGCUCGGCCCACGGCUGGCUGCCGGAGAGCUCGUGGACGGUGGCAGCUCAGAUCCUGCUGCCGUACCUGGUGUCCGGCCUGGGCAUGGUGGCAGCCGGCAUCGUCAUGGACGCAGUGCAACACUGGGAGGUGUUCCAGGAGAUCUCAGAGGUGUUUAUCUUGGUGCCGGCCCUGGUGGGGCUGAAGGGGAAUCUGGAGAUGACAUUGGCAUCCCGACUGUCAACAGCAGCCAACACGGGCCAGAUGGAUGGGGCUCAGCAGCAGUGGAGGAUGGUGUUGUGUAAUCUGGCUCUCAUUCAGGUCCAGGCUACAGUUGUGGGCUUCCUGGCAGCUGUUGCAGCCGUGGCCCUCGGGGGUCUGAUCAGGGGUCGUGUGGACGUUAUCCAGGCGUCCGUCCUCUGUGCCAGCAGCGUCACCACCGCUUUCAUUGCUGCGCUGUCUCUAGGUCUGGUGAUGGUGGCUGUGAUUAUUGGAUCCAGAAAAGUGGGCAUCAACCCCGAUAACGUGGCCACUCCAAUCGCUGCCAGCCUCGGGGACCUCACCACCUUGUCUCUGCUCGCUGGCGUCAGCAGCCUGUUCUUCUGUUACAGAGACACGUGGUACCUGCCUCCUGCAGUGUGUGGGUUCUUCCUGCUCCUUAUCCCUGCGUGGGUCAUGAUUGCCCGUCGCUCUCCGCCAAUCAGUGAGGUCCUAAAGUCCGGCUGGCAACCAGUUAUUUUGGCCAUGUCCAUCAGCAGUAUUGGUGGAUUAAUCCUGGAUAAAACCGUGAGCAAUCCAAACUUCGAAGGUAUGGCGGUGUUCACUCCAGUCAUCAAUGGUGUGGGGGGGAAUCUGGUGGCCAUCCAGGCCAGCAGGAUCUCCACCUAUCUUCACUGCUGGAGUGUUCCUGGAGCCCUUCCAUUCAUAAUGAGUGAGAACUGUCCUGGACCCUUUGCUAACCUCUGCUCCUCAGAUGUGAACUCCAAAUCAGCCAGAGUCCUGCUCCUUCUCGUGGUCCCGGGUCACCUUCUCUUCCUGUAUGCCAUACAUCUUCUGCAGGGAGGCCAUAAUGCCAUGACGCCCACCUUCAUAGUGUGCUACCUGUGUGCAGCUCAGCUUCAGGUGGGGAUUCUGCUUUACGUGGCAACCGUGAUGGUGCGAUGGCUGUGGCGAAGGGGACUGGAUCCAGAUAACUUCUCCAUUCCCUACCUCACGGCUCUCGGGGACCUGCUGGGGACUGGUUUCUUAGCUCUGAGCUUCAGGCUGAUCGUGAUGUUCAGUUCUACUGGAGGUGGAGUUUAACGGACAUGUGGAGCUGCACAACCUGACUGUACUGUUCCCUGAGUGGUUGAAACGUACUCGCAAAGCUCACAUGAGAAGAAAAGUGAGGAUUUAGGAACACAUGAGGCUUAUGGCGUUGUAUUUGUGCCUCAACACUGAGUUUGAUUUCAGCAAGCACAUAAGUUUUAUUUUGUUGAUUUAAUUUGACGAGACAAAGGUCUAUUCUUGCGCUCAAAUAUGCAUUUGUCUAAAGCGACAAAAUAGAUUCAAUUUUGGUUUUACUCAUUUGCUUUUAAAUGCCCUGCUAUGUGCUCACAAACCCUUUGAGGUUGUCCCCCCCCCAACAUGUCUACUCAAAUGUACGUUGUCCCAACAGCAAGUCAAGGCAAAGGCCGCUAGCCAGCUAGCUUACAGCUAAAGUACCGCUUGCACAUAUGCUUCAGGGAUGACAUUUUUCUUUGUUGGCCAACCUAGACGUUAGCAUUGUCCUGUUUCCCAGCACCAAAAAGCCAAUGAGAUGUUUCCAUUCCAUGUUUCAUUAUUGCAGGAAACGUUUUGCUUAUAGUUCAUGAAUGGACACCGUGUUUAUGGUUUCUGAAGCACAAACGAAGGUCUACUGACAGGCCACAAACGACCUGAACGCUUGCAUGACAUCACCUCCACUCAGCUGAAGGCCGACGAGAGGUCAGCAAGAUGCCAUUUACUUUUUUGCUGAUUGUUAGUAGGUUAUCUGCUAAAAACACUGGGUUUUAAUGUGUAAUUCUGCUUGUAUUAGCUAUCUAUAAGCUAGGUGACACAUGGAUGGCAGCUAAACCGUAGCUAACAAAGCUAGCGAACUUCUUAUUGAUACAAAUGCCAUGUUUGUUUUAUUGUCUUUAAAGGGUCUUUAAAAGGUUUCCUCUUAGCAGAACAAGUGCAUCAAAAUAUGUAAAGUGAGUUUAGUGUAACCGCUAGCAGACAUGCUAGUUACUAUUAACCACUGGUAGCAUGCCAUUCAAAUUAGAUUACAGCACACCAACAAAGUCAUACAUUUCAUUUUCUUUAAUUUAGGAGUGAGAAACUUACAGAAAAGGGUGCAUUUUUGACUGGAAAUAAUGCGUGUUAAAAGGUACGGUAAAAAUAUCCCUUCGGGCUCAGGAUUGAGACCAAAAUCUAAAAGUGUUCUGUGGCUGAGGGAGUGCAGAAAGCGAACCAAGAGGAAACAAUUUGGCUGAAAAUAGUCAAUCAGAUGAGGACAAUAUGGACUUAUUUUGCAACCACACAUCUGACGAGGGUCUAUAGUUGUACUGGUAAGAAUACCAUGCAUGCUUGGCUCUGUAGAAAUAACAAUCAUCUAAAAUGGAUUCUAGUGGGAAUACCACAGAACCUGGAGGGUUGACAAAUCUGUAAAACUAUUGGCAAAUGAUUGCAUCAGGCAUUCGUCAUAUAUAACUGAAUGUAAAUGUAAUAUAUAAGGCUUUGUGAUGAAUGGUAGAUUGUAUCCCGUCUUUUUACAUGGGUCUGUGCCUUUAGACCGUAACAGGCCUUCAGUUUGCGGUUGCCCAAUUUCUACUGCUUGUCAUUGUUUGUGCAGCACAGUAUCACUGAAUGUUGCUUGUUGUACUUGACUGUUUCCAUGUUAGUAUGAGUUGUGUGUAUUGACAAUACUUUGGAAAACUUUUCUUGUGGUUUUUUUGUGAACAAAUUAUUUAGUAUUCAUCUCUGUGUAUGGGGCAUUUUCAAGAGUUUGAAACGCACAGAAAAAUGCUGGUCUUUUCUGAUCAGAAAAGAGCUUAGAAAAAGUAACAAUCAUAUUUGUGCAGCAACAUUAAGCUUAAUUCUCACAAUUGUAAGAACUACUGGAUGAGCUUUGCAGCUUUGUUCAAUACAUUCAAUUAAAAAAUGACAUCAAAUGCG